AUGCAAGUGUAUGGAACCUCAACUCCACAGAGGCCACCAACUAGGGAGUGGUGGUUUUCAAGCCCGCCGUCUGCAUUAUCUGUAAAAGAGAAGGGCAAUCCGCCCGGCAGGCUAUCUUUACCAAUACCUCGAAGCUCUGUCGAGUUGGGCCGACUUGUCCUUGAUCCAAAAUACCCAAACCAGGACUUUUGUCAACCCACAAUCAAGAAAGAUCCUACUCAAGGCGAUCAAAAAGCCACUGGUUUUGAGAUCGAGACCCAGCAAUUCAAGGAUUUCCGCAGUACUGUCACUCGUGCAAAGGGAACACGCCUUGAGGCUUCCCUGCUCAACAUCCUUUCACUGGCACCUUCAAGUCCAAAGUCUACCUCGACGACCGUGACAGGUCCUCUCUGUGUGCUCCACCAGCUUGGCGAUACAAAUGCGUUUUUUAAAGCGGCAUGUCAGCAAACCCACGUUCGGAUCUGGCUCGAGGAACAAUCCUGGAGGCUACGCAGUACUGUGUAUUUAGUAUGUGGUUUCGAAGCAUUGGCUGAUGCAAACGUAUCUCUGGCACGCGAGGAUAAAACCAGUCUUGACAUGUCUGUGAACGUCCCAUCUGCUCUGUUAACAGCGCCUACCGGGGUCCCAGUACCUGGUCUGGAUGUCGGAGCUGGUGUAUCUGUUUCACGAGAAUCGAGUGAAAAUGUUGAGUAUACAGCUGUUGGAGAACAGGUGUUCUCUAUUCAAUAUCGAAAGAUCUCAUUCUCGUGGUUUUCGCCGCAUAAGGUCGACAAAGCUCACCUAGAGAAAGGAAAUCGCUGGGUAUCAUGUAUGAGUACAAGAAGUGGGCAAGGUGACGAUGAAUGCAUCGAGUGCGAGGUUGCGGAACCGAUUGCGCCUUCAGACCUGGUUGGAAAAUACGAGAGCGUCGAGAUCGACGGGGAAACAAUUUUAUACAAGGCUGAAAUUUGA